AUGGUUUCGAGCUUAUCGAUUGUCAUGAAUGCAGCACCGGAUUUGGAACUAUUUUCGCGCCCGAUGGUUUCGAGCUUGUCGAUUGUCAUGAAUGCAGCACCGGAUUUGGAACUGUAUGCGAAGAGUUUGCCGGAACCAACAUCUGGGCAUGUGGGACCGUUUGUGCAGGGAAUCCAUCGAAUACGCGACGACGAAGACGGCGAUGCCCCGCAUAAGAAGAAAUACGCCAAGGAGUCAUGGCCGGGCAGAAAACCGAAUCAGAGUCGAGUUUUAGCUUGA